AGGGAGAGAGAGAGAGAAAAAGACAAGAGGCUGGGGAGAGAGAUGGAGGGAAGGGCGAGUGGCACCUCAAAACUAAAAAGUAGAGCGAAGACUACUCCGAGAGUGAGAGAGAAAGAGAGAGCAAGGGAGAGCGAGGGAGAGAAAGAAAGAGGGAGAGCUCUCUGUCUCUGGACAUGACAUAAUUGAUACUCAUACUGAACAAGGGAGAAUAGGAGGCGGUAGAGUGAAAAAAGAAUGGGAGAAGACCAUGAAGAUGAACUGACAACAAUUCUCAUUAGGUGGAACCGCACCGGAGCACCUCUUCUCCUGGGGACACGUCAGAUCAUUAAGACGAGGAACGUUAGCAGGAGAAAAAAAGGGGACUUUGGUUCAAGACCUAAAGUGAAGUUGAUGACAGGACGAAUAACACAGAUGGAGCAUUCAUUUUGUUUAGCUCUCUUUGGACUCAGUUUGACGGAACCCUAAACAGCCCUGUGUGGAUUCACAGCACAGAGAAGCACAAAGCCUGUGAGUGUGAGCUCACCCAGGGGCGGACACGGGGUUGUGAGAUUGGGGAGAUGAGUCUGGGAGGAUAACAAGCAGCUGUGUGGAGGAAAGAGCGGGCAGAGGAGGGCAGAUCCACCAUGUCCCUCAGUGGAAGGGGCAGUAUAUCCCAGGACGGGGGGCCAGUGGCCAGCAACGAGCGCCGGAACACACGAGUGAAGAGGGCUGUCCGCAUCUCCAGCAUCGUUGCUCAGGAGGUCCUCUCACUAGGUGCAGAUGUCCUACCAGAGUACAAGCUCCAGACCCCUCGCAUCCAUAAAUGGACCAUCCUGCACUACAGCCCCUUCAAAGCGGUGUGGGACUGGGUCAUCCUUCUCCUGGUCAUCUACACUGCCAUCUUCACCCCCUACUCCGCGGCCUUUCUCCUUAGUGACCAGGAGGGGGCGGCCAUGCAGACCUGUGGUUACUCCUGCUCUCCCCUCAACGUGGUGGACCUCAUCGUGGACGUCAUGUUCAUUAUUGAUAUCAUCAUCAACUUCAGGACGACGUACGUCAACAACAAUGACGAGGUGGUCAGCCAGUCACAGCGGAUCGCUGUGCACUACUUCAAAGGCUGGUUCCUCAUAGACAUGGUGGCAGCUAUCCCCUUUGACCUGCUCAUAUACCGCUCUGGAGAAGAGACAACAACCCUGAUUGGUCUGUUGAAGACUGCUCGGCUGCUGCGAUUGGUGCGCGUAGCUCGGAAGCUGGACCGAUACUCUGAAUACGGAGCGGCCGUCCUAUUCCUCCUCAUGUGUACCUUUGCCCUCAUAGCUCAUUGGCUGGCCUGCAUCUGGUACGCCAUUGGUAAUGUGGAGCGUGCAGGAGCAGCCCGGAUUGGCUGGCUGGACUCUCUGGGUGACCAGCUCGGAAAACCCUACAAUCAGACUAUACCAGGGUCAGGCCCUUCCAUAAGGGACAAGUAUGUGACAGCGCUCUACUUUACCUUCAGUAGCCUGACCAGCGUGGGCUUUGGAAAUGUCUCACCCAACACCAACUCUGAGAAGAUCUUCUCCAUCUGCGUCAUGCUCAUCGGCUCUCUGAUGUAUGCUAGCAUCUUUGGUAACGUGUCAGCCAUCAUCCAGCGGCUCUACUCCGGCACGGCUCGCUACCACACCCAGAUGCUGCGGGUUCGGGAAUUCAUCCGGUUCCACCAGAUCCCCAACCCACUGAGGCAGCGGCUGGAGGAGUACUUCCAACAUGCCUGGUCCUACACUAACGGCAUUGAUAUGAAUGCUGUGCUGAAGGGCUUCCCAGAGUGCUUGCAGGCUGAUAUCUGCCUGCACCUCAACCGCACCCUGCUGGAGAACUGUAAGGCCUUCAAGGGCUCCACUAAGGGCUGCCUGCGGGCCCUGGCCAUGAGGUUUAAGACCACCCACGCACCGCCAAGCGACACCCUGGUUCACGCCGGUGACAUCAUCUCAGCCCUUUACUUCAUCUCCCGUGGCUCCAUAGAGAUCCUGAGAGGGGAUGUGGUGGUGGCCAUCCUGGGUAAGAAUGACAUCUUCGGUGAGCCCAUUAACAUGUAUGCCCGUCCAGGGAAGUCCAAUGCAGACGUGAGGGCUCUGACCUACUGUGACCUCCAUAAGAUCCACAGGGAGGACAUGCUGGAGGUGCUGGACAUGUAUCCCGAGUUCUCUGACUACUUCUGGGGGAACCUGGAGAUCACAUUCAACCUCCGGGAUACUGCCACAGUUGCUGGCUCAAUGAGCAGUAAGGACUCUGACCAUGGUGGAGUCAACCAUCGCAUUCCCAGACAUAAACUGUCUCUCAGCUUGGACAGAGAUGCAGGGGAGACCAAUCCAUCCCAGAGACCUGUCCGCAGGGCCAGAGGCCAGAGCUCCAGAGACCAGGGAGAUGGGCAGAACACAGAGUUUGAGGGGCUGAGGAACUCAGUUUAUUCUCCUUCCCACUCCAGCGGAGAUGAGGAGUCAGUGUUAACCAGCCCUGUACAACCAACUUCACUAAUGGGGAUGCCCUAUAGUGAAACCACCAUCCUCAACAUCAGCAGUGCAUCAGAAGAUGAGAUGAACCAGAAAACUGGCAACACCUGCAACGCUAUCUCAGGGGCUAUCUCAGGUGUCUCCAACAUCUUCAGUUUCUGGGGGGAGAGCCGCGAGCAGCAGCAGUAUCAGGAGGUACCCUGCCACAGCCUGCCCUCCCCUCCCCCUCAUCCUCCCACUCGCAACGUUGCCCUGAGCAGCAACAACCGACGGCAGCGCAGCGAGCUAGAGAACAGGCUGGACUUGCUGCAGAGACAGCUCUACAGAUUGGAGUCACGGAUGUCAACAGACAUCGGGGCCAUCAUGCAGCUGCUCCAGAGACAGAUGGUGCUGGUGCCCCCGGCCUACAGCACAGUGUCCUCCUACCCUGAACCGUCUGUCACCCCCACCCUCACCCCUAGGCCUGCAGAAAGGCUGGUGCAGCCUGCCUCACCACUGGACUCAGAGACCCUAGCCUCCUUCUCGCAGUUCUUGGUCGACACAGACUUUGACGACAGCCCUUCCAAGUCCUGUGAGUCUCUGCACAGUAUGGAGCCAACCCCAGUCCUGAACACUCUCCCCCAGACUCAGCCUCUUCGCAUUAGCAUCCACCCAGAGCAUCAACCCCUGGGCUUGACCAGCCAUCCAGAUACUGUGCCCUUAAGCCUGGUCAAACAUGGGAGCUUCUCAGCGUCAGUGCCGGGGUCAGGGACAGGAUUGGCCCAGUCAGAGCCCUCGGAUGGCCGGCGGCGGCUCUCCCUGCCUGGGAAACACACAGCUCUGGACCUGGAGAGCCCCUGGACAACUGCACACAGAUACAGCUCUGACCCUGGGAGUUAGGGGCCAUCCAUGGCACUGUAUGUGUAACACUAACAGUCUCACUGUUUAUGGACAUGGAGUCAGAAGAGGAUGUAGUCAAACAGAAACAUAUCCAAACUGCUUCCCUCUCUGCUCCUGAAAUACAAUAUCCUGGGCUUCGGAUAAGAAGAGUUUUUGGUUAUUAUGGUCCUCAAAGCAUUACUUUUCACAGAUGUAUACUACCAUUUGCAGUAUUGUAUAUGGAAACAUAUUUGUUGUUGUUAGUCAAUAUCUGUCUCUAUAUGUCCUUGUUGUCUCAAGUCCUUGAAUUUCUGAAAGAUAUUAGCCUGCAAUAUGCAAACUGUACAAUUUUUCUGUUCUCUUAUCAUGGUGUAAAUUAUAUGGUUUCUUCUCUCCUUUGUCCUUGAGUUAGCCUAGAUGUUAAAUGAGAUGGCGGGCGCGCUGAAUGAUGACAUAAUAUCCAAUCCCAGGCCAGCAGAGGAUUACAGAAUGAUGAUAUAGUCUACUGAAUGAAGUAUCUAUCAGAACACAUUAAUAUUCCAUGAUGCAGGCUGGCCAACUGGGACCAUUCACCUCCCUUCUCUCUCUGACUGCAGAAGACAGACUACUCAGUUACUGUAACAAGCAAAGCCAAGUGUAAUGCCACUGCUAAAAUGCCACUGUUUACACAUUUAAGGGCAGGACCUGCAUGUGUUACAACCUAAACUAAAAUAUUCUGUCACUUCUUUUAUAAAAUAUUUAGAUUGAAUGAUUUAUUGAAAAUGCAUUUGUAUAUAUUUAAAGAAUCUAUCGUUAUGGUUUAUUGAUUCAUUGUCAGUCUAAGUAGUACCCUUACUUAUCCUAUUGUUAUAGUUGUGUUACUGUCCAGUUCUGGGAAAUAGAUUACUGCAGGGAAAGUAGCUUGUAAUGUAGGGAUAUAAUGUAAAUAUCACAUACAGUUAUUGCUGGUUGCAGGUUUUGGCCAGGGUACAGUAUUUAUUGUAUCAAUUGAAUAGAGUUACUGUGUAGUUUGAUUUAACUUUGAUAAUGAACAUUUGAAUGCUACUCUUGAAUAAAAAGAUUAACAAGAAAUGUA